UUCUACUUCGUAUUCUCAUUGUAUCGUUCGUUUCCCGUUGUGUUUGUUUAAUAAUUAAGAUAAAGUUUAUUUUAUUUAACUUUGUUAAAGCAUUUCAUACUUAUCUAAAAGAAAAAAUUCCACAACAAUGGUUUCCUAUUCCUUUGAAGGUAACAAACGUCUCUGGACUGUAAGAGAUGAAGAGGAAAAUGAAAAAAUCUUUUGCCAGCAAUCGAAGCCCACUGGUGUUAAAAUUCCUCAUUAUAUUAAACCCACCUAUCUGGCCAAUGCUGAGUACGAUGUCGAGAAAUGGCCUUUGGCCCAAUUAAUGCAUUUAUUAAGGCUGUAUGCUGCCCAUCGUUGUCUAUGGGAUGUUAGCUGUAAAGAUAAUCGCAAUCGUAAAAUGCGUCAUGCUGCUUUGGUGGAUGUAACAGCAGCCUUGGAUUCGGGUUUUACUAAGGAACAGGUGGUGCAGAAAAUAAAUAUCUUGAGGGCUACUUAUCGUUAUGAAAAGAAACGUAUUAAGCAGCGGAUAAGGAGGGGUUUGGGUGCUCGCACCAAAUUGAAAUGGUUUGCUUUGGCAGAUGCUUUUCUAAGGAAUGUUCCCAAGAAGGGACACAAGGAAGAGGAUCCCUCAAACUCAGACUCCGACUUAGAAGAUACUAUAGUUUUUACUAUAAAUCCCGAAUCAUUAGUCUCCCUCGAACAAGAGAAUUCUAUAGAAAACUAUCAGGACUAUAAAGACAAUGGUGAAAAUUCAUUUGAAACAGAAAUCUAUACAGAUGAUUCCCAAACUAAUAGUACAGUAUGGGAAUUAGCAAAAACUGCUGACCCUAAGGAGGAAAACAAAGAAAGAAUUGGAAAACAAUUAGAAAUGGAAGAAUCUCAAACUAAAAUACAAGAAAUUCAACAAGAUUUAGUUAUGAACAAAAAAUCUGCUUGGUCUUUAGAAGAUUCUCUCAAAUUUAUACAGUUGCUGGAAGAUUAUAAAGUUUUGGAGGCUGGUAAACUCCAACAGGAAUUUGCUUUAAAAGCUGUAGCUAAAGAAAUGCAUUAUGACUUUAAAAGUAUAGAAAAAAGAUGGUUAAUUUUGCAAAACACUUUUGAGAAGGAAAUGCAAAUUAUAAAAGAGAAUAGUUUGUACAAACCUAACUACAAAUGGUGGCCAGCAGCUGAGAGGUUUUUUGCUAAAAAAUUAACUAAAGAAUUAAUAGAAAUUAAGGAUAAAGCAGAAGAGGAUAUGACCACUGAAUCCAUAUUUUUAACUGAAACUAAAAGUUUAGCCAGCACUGAUGACGAAGACUACGAAAAUAGAUUCCUACAAAAUCCUAUACCUUCGGUAGCUCCCUUAUCGAACAUGAAUGAAGCUAUGGCUUCUUUAUUCCAUGCAACUGAAGAGGAAGAUGACUUGUCGCAAGAAUCUAAUACUAACUCCUCUUUCCCUAAAGAAAAUGAUUCCUCCAGUUCAGGCAAAUUUGUAUGGCAAGGUUUAGAGGACGAUUUACUAGAAGGCAAAUGGUCUCUAAAGCAUUCGGUAAAAUUCCUAAGACUUUAUGGAGUGCACAGGUGUUUAUGGGACUUAAAUGAUCCGGAUUAUCGCUCUAGACCCUUACGCAAUGCUGCCAUAGAAGAUAUAGCAGCCUCCAUGGGUCAUGGCUUAACGGCCUCCUAUGUGGCAAAGAAAAUUAAAAUCUUUCGCAUAACUUAUAUGCAGCAAAGAAAAAGACUUUUGGAGGCUAACGAAAAAGGCGAGAAACCAGAGAUUAUAUUAAAAUGGUUUCCAUUGGCUGAUAGUUUCCUAAGGCCUCAUAUAGGUUUGCGAUCCAUUAAAUCAGAUGCCAAAGAAAUGCCACAAUUUGAUUAUCAAUAUGUUUAUGCCAAUUUGAAUCUGAUAGAUCCAGCUCUUUUGACCGAUUUUCGAGGCAAAGGCACACAAAAUGCCAUAGAAAUUGGCAAUAGUGAUAGUGAUAUAAUGGAAAUGGAAGCAGUUGAGAAUUAAUUGCAUAACGAAAAUAUUCCACAAGUUUCAAGAUAUUUCAAGAUUUAAUUUCAUCAUUCAUAAUCAUCUUUUAGUCAUCUGCUAAAGGUAAGUUUUUCAUUAAACAUUUUCUUUAUUAACAAGUAUUUAAUAUUAGUUAAACAUUGGCUUAGUUAAACACUAACAAUAUUAACAUGGGUCAGUUAUGACCCCUCGACUCUUAAACAUGCCCGUAAAACAUUAUACCUUUACCGUUACAAAUGUCUUCUUUCAUUAUUGUUUCCCCCCAAGAUUUGGGUGUCAUGAAAACUUUCUUAUCGUCAUCAUAAUCAAUUUAAAAACCUUGUUUAAAGGUCACACCACACACACAUCAACAAAUCAAAACCUUUACAUCAUGAUAAUUGUACUAUUUUUCGUAAGAAGAAUAGAAUUUACAACAGGUAAAAAACCAUAAAUAAAAACCCAAAUCAAG